AUGUCGCCAUCGGAAUUAAACGAGUUGCGGAGACAACUCAAAGAACUCUUAGAAGUCGGAUUUAUCAAGCCUUCGAAAGCACUAUACGGAGCUCUGAUUCUCUUUCAAAAGAAGUAUGAUGGGUUGCUUUGCCUUUGCAUCAACUACCAGGCACUCAACAAGGUAACCACAAAAAAUAAGUAUCCCAUUCCACUAUUUGCCGAUUUGUUUGAUCAACUUGGACAUGCCAAGUACUUCUCUAAGCUUGAUUUGAGAUCGGGAUAUUACCAAGUGUGGAUUGCGGAGGGGGAUAAGCCGAAGACUGCAUGUGUGACGCAUUAUGGAGCCUUUGAGCUCAAAGUCAUGCCUAAUACUCUUGAGGAGCAUGCCGAGCACUUGCGGAUAAUUUUUCGAGUGUUACAAGAAAAUGAGCUAUAUGUCAAGCGAGAGAAGUGCUCAUUUGCCAAGCUAGAGGUAGAGUUUCUUAGCCACAAGACCAUAGACGAGAAGCUCAUCAUGGAUAAAGCCAAGGUGAAGGCUAUUGCGGAGUGGGAAGCCCCAACAAAGGUUAUGAAGUUACUCUAUUUCUUGGGUCUCGUCAACUAUUACCGAAGAUUCAUCAAAGACUUUUCCACCAUUGCCGCACCACUCACGGAUUUUCUCAAGAAGGCCAUAAAAUGGGAGUGGACGGUUGAUCGCCAACAUGCCUUUGACUCUUUGAAGUGGGCCAUCAUAGAGGAGUCGGUGUUAGCAUUGCCCAACCAUGCUCAACCAUUUUAG